UUCGCACAGACUCACAUACACGUUGAGACAGACUAACACACGUACAAUUCUACAGGAAUCAUGCGUACGUGCACACAUUUCCCCAUUCAAACAAUUAUGCGCAUUCCAUCGGCUGAUCAAUAGUUUAUUGAUUGGCUCAGCUAAGAGUUUUUUGUUGUUGUUGUAGAAUUUGAUGUCCAAUUCAAAUGUUGAGAGGCUGCCUGACUACCAUUGACGAGACAGAUCUAGGCUAAUUCCGAGAAGGAAGAUGAAAGGACGCUACUCAGAUGUGUAACAGGCUCGGGCGAUGUUUUUUCUGCUAGUAUCUGCUCCUCGCCGAUUUUCAAUCAUCUGCAAUUUUGACAUUUAAACACUCUCGAUGUUAAUCCGAAGGAAUAUGUGAAGAUCAUGCUGGCGGUGUGGUGCUUGGUCUUUGCUGCAGUGGGCGAGAGGCUGGUCGUUUCAGGCGGGGUUAGGGAUUUUGCGCGGGAUGCAAGUGUGUGGGAUUGGUUCCCGCUUGUGGAACGGGGAGACGGCAGCGACACUGCGGCCGAGGUUACCUAUCCAAAGCGGUUGCUGCAGCAGAUGAAGUCGGGGAAGGAAAUGGCCCACGGCUAUUUGAGUACCAGAGCGAAGAACAGCAGUAGUGGAGGAGACACGUCGACUGUCCAUGUGGCCCACAGCAGUUUCCAGGUGGCAGCCUUUGGACACACCUUCACACUGGACCUCGAGCUAAACCAUCAGUUCUUGUCUUCAGAUUAUGUGGAGCGACACUUUGACCACGACGGCAGGCCCUCCCAGUCUCUGGGAGGGGAACACUGCUACUACCAGGGGAGGCUGCGAGGCCUGCCCGGGUCCUGGGCUGCCCUAUCCACCUGCCAUGGCCUGCGUGGGAUGUUCUCAGAUGGGAUGUUUUCCUAUGGGAUUGAGCCUUUUCUCAACGGGAGCAGUCAGCCUGUUCUCAACGGGAGCAGUCAGGACAAUGGAGCUCACCUCAUCCACAGGAUGCCUGAUGUGAGACUGUCUCCUGACUGUCCAGAUUGCACAGAGGGCAGCGAGGCGGUUAGUGUGGGGGGUGAGGAAGGUGCUGGUGAUGAAGGAGACCAGGUGGAGCAGCGGGGGGCCCCAGGGGCCCUGAAGCGCUCGAAGAGGCAGGUACGCAGGCCCACCGUGCAGACGGAGACCAAAUACAUCGAGCUGAUGGUGGUCAACGAUUACGAAAUGUUUGUGCAGCUGCGCCGAUCCACCACCCAGACCAGGAACUUUGCCAAAGCAGUGGUCAACAUGGCGGACGCGAUCUACAAGGAGCAGCUCAACACUCGCAUUGUUCUGGUUGCCAUGGAGACCUGGUCCUCUGCAAACAUGGUGUCCGUGGUGGCGGACCCGUUGACGACGCUGCAGAACUUCAUGAAGUACAGGAGGGAGAGCGUCAAGGAGCAGAGCGACGCCGUGCACCUCUUCUCGGGGCGCACGUUCCAGAGCAGCCGCAGUGGCACUGCCUACACCGGCGGGGUGUGCACUCCGACCAGAGGAGGGGGCAUCAACGAGUAUGGCAACGUGGGCUCCAUGGCCGUCACCCUGUGCCAGAGUCUGGGCCAGAACAUCGGGAUGAGGUGGAACAACGCACGCAGCUCGGCAGGCGACUGCAGGUGCCCUGAUGCUUGGCUGGGCUGUAUCAUGGAAGACACAGGUUACUACCUACCCCGCAAGUUCUCUCGCUGUAGUGUCAAUGAGUACACCCUGUUCCUACUGCAGGGGGGCGGUAGCUGCCUCUUCAACAAGCCCAGCAAGCUUCUGGACCCUCCGGAGUGUGGGAAUGGCUUUGUGGAGCCGGGGGAAGAGUGUGACUGUGGCUCUCAGCUGGAGUGUGCUCGCAGUGGAGGGGCGUGCUGUAAGAAGUGCACGCUGACCCAUGAUGCCAUGUGCAGUAAUGGACUGUGCUGUAGUGGGUGUAGGUAUGAAUUUAGAGGGGCGGUGUGUCGUGACGCUGUCAACGACUGUGACAUCCCAGAGACCUGCACAGGAGACUCUAGUCAGUGUCCACAUAAUGUGCAUAAACUGGACGGAUACAUGUGUGACAGCACUCAGGGUCGUUGUUAUGGAGGUCGAUGCAGAACUCGUGAUGGCCAGUGCAGAGGACUGUGGGGAUACAAUUCAGCCGACCGGUUCUGUUACGAGAAGCUGAAUUCUGAGGGCACAGACAAGGGCAACUGUGGUCUCGGCCCUGAGGGACAGGGGUGGCUGCAGUGCAACAAGCCGGAUGUGCUGUGCGGCUUCCUGUUCUGUGCCAACAUGACAGUGAAGCCAAAGUUUGGGGAUUUGCAAGGAGAGGUGACCAGCCUGACUAUAUAUCAUCAAAACCAGUACCUGGACUGCCGAGGCGGCCACGCGUUGCUGGAAGACGGGUCCGACCUGGGCUACGUGGAGGACGGCACGCCCUGCGGCCCCAACAUGAUGUGUCUGGACCGCCGCUGCCUGGCCGUGGGCGCCUUCAACCUCAGCACCUGCUCAGGAUCCGCCUUCGGACACACCUGCUCCGACCACGGGACCUGCAGUAACGAGGUGAAGUGUAUCUGUGACAGGGACUACACGGGGAAGGACUGCAGUGUGUUUGACCCCAUCCCUGACCCCACCGUCUCUUCCGGCCCAGAGAAGAAAGGAACAUCCGGAGAGGAAGAUCUGGCGGAGGAUAAGAUGCCAGCCCGUCUUUCUCUUUUCGUGUCUGGCCCGCCUGUCUUCCUCUCACCGUGUCUUUUCCACAUCGGAGAAAAGGGGAUAAAGAAGUCUUCCACUCCUGUCCUGAAACUGUCAAACCCUCUCCGGAUGCUAACCUUCUCCUGUCUACUUCCUGUCUAUUUCCUGUCUACUUCCUGUAUUUCCUGUCUACUUCCUGUCUUCCCGUCUCUCCAACCCCACCCCUUCGGAGCUUCUGUAGCUCCUCCCACCGCGAUACCAGGCAAUCAUAUCUCAGCUCAGUGGCGGACUGCCAGCGGACCCCACAGCAGUGCGUCUGCGUCUUCACUUCCCUUUCAUUCCGACAGUAUACAGAAGAACAUAUCAGUGAUGGACCAACUCAACCAGAGACAUGUCUUUCCAGUGUCAGCCUGCCUGCCUGAAAACAAACCACAGAUGGGAUUGACUGGCCCUGGGAUGGGCUCUUACUCAGUCCUAAGUAAACAGAGCCAGCUGCUCUGUCUCUGUGAAGAGGACCUGAGGCCAGAGUGGUGGACUGGCCCUGUCAGGGGGCACCACAGCUGGCUGAGCAGCUGCUCAGCGAAGACACUGUUCAAACAACAAGGACGGAAUUGAAAGGGUGUAGAGUACAGGCCCGGUACCGGCCUUUUUCCAAAGAUAGAAUAGAACAAUGGACAAUAAAGAAUUCUUAGCUGAUAUCAGAAUGAUUUUGACAGAGAAUGAAUAUACCAGUAGAGGGGUACCUGGGCUGACAAUGGGGUAUGUAUUUGUUUAUUGUAAGUUAAGUGUUUGGGGGCAAUUACCCCUCUCCCCAACACACUAACACACACAUCCUUGUAAUGUGUUAGAACAGGGCCAGGUAUUAGGGUUUUGGGAUCAUGUUAGAGUCUGAACUUAGCAGCAGAGACCGCAACUCAGUGUUUUCAGCCGCAAAUCUGUCAAAGUAGUACAUUCCACACCUAGUGUUAACAAAGCCUGUUAGUGUCUGUAGCCUACUCACCUCCUCUCCAGGCCCCAAGUGUGAAUGUUAGCGGAGGUUCAGUGUGUCUGUGUGAAUGUAUGGUGUUUUUAGAGCUAGGAAGAACGGAUGAAUGUUCCCCCUUGACACUCCUGCCAACACGUGGAGAGGUUUUUACAUCUAGACAUGUUUUCUGUGACCUGUGCUCUGUCGCCAUGACAGCACAUGAACAUAAAAGAUGUUCUAUGUCCUGUAACAUCAUAAAAACAAGCACUAGCCUAUAUGUGUGUUCACAUAUGUACGCACACCUAUUUGUACAUACUUGCAAAAUAGUUACGUUGACACACUGUAUGUUAAUGAAAUCGAUGAUUUAAAUGCAAUGUUAUAGUUCAUUCAUUCGAUCUGUUUCGACGAGCAUUGCUCUGUGUCUUGACUUGCAUCUGUAAAUCUCUUCAAUACGUUUCCACUUUGUCACUGUACGUGUAAAUGUGGCUGAUAAAAUAGCCACCUGGCCAUGUCGCCCUGCCAUCCCAGCUAACUAGCCUAGAUCUUAAGACUGUCUAUUUGUUACCAGCCCUUAGUGGCUGCUUCCACAGACCCCUUGUAUUGAUCCCCAGGGUUACACUGUAAAUGAGAUUAUAGGGUUCUAGAUUAGUGAUUAAGAGAAAGCCAGAAUGACAUGGGUGGAUAUGUCGUGGUCCGUUACAUUCUGUUGAGCACUAUAACGAAUUAGUACAUAGUGUCCUUACAAUAUGUACUGAGUUGGUAUUAAAUACAGUCUGUGGACAUGAUGGCCGUUUUGCUUUCAUUUUGGAUUUGGAAAGCUGUGGAAAAAAGAGACGUGUCCUAGCCCAUAUUUUUAAACACUGUCUUUUUGAAUUAAGAACAAAGCAAAAAAAAUAUAAACCAAGUCCUGUAGAUGAAUGGAAGUAUGAAGGAAAUAAUAAAAAAUCUCAAAGUUAAAA